UGACGCAGGAGGAGCUGCUGGAGGAGGCCAAGAUCACGGAGGAGAUCAACCUCCGCUCCCUGGAGAACUACGAGCGCCUGGAAGCCGACAAGAAGAAGCAGGUCCAGAAGAAGCGGAAAUGCGUGGGGCCUGUUAUCCGGUACUGGUCUGUCACCAUGCCCCUCGUCCCAGAGCCGGGCAAGGAGGAGAACGUGGAUGUGGAGGGGUUGGACCAAGACCCGCAGCAGGCCGAAGCAGCUCCAGCCCCAGCUCCGGCUUCUGCCGGGAAGUGCUCUCGCACCUUCAUCUCCUUCAGCGACGACGAAACUUUCGAGCGCUUCUUCCCCAAAGCAAAACCACCACGGCUGCCGGUGCGGGAGAUCUGCCCCGACCCAGCCGUUUACCGCGAUCCCAUCACUGACAUCCCCUACUCCAACAUCCGCGCCUUCAAAAUCAUCCGGGAGGCCUACAAGAAAUACAUCACGGCACACGGGCUCCCCAGCGCCGCCGCCUCCGCUGCCCUGGGGGCUGCCGCUCCCCCUGGCCCCGAUCCCAACGUCCGUCCCACCCGCCAGAAGAUCAUCAUCAAGCAGAGCGUUCCCACAACCUGA